UGCCUGGCCCGAGCCAGUCGGCUGCUCCGUAACUCGAUCACUGUGACCGGCCUCCCCGAGCCACCGAGGAGCCGCGAGAGUGGGCUGCCGCGCAGUGACAGCAGCCGCCUAGGUAGGGGCGGAGGAGAAGGGGAGGCGAGCGUGGGCUGUGGACCGGGACCUCGGAGGAGCUGGGACUCGGGCCCCUGCAGAGAUGAAGGGAGAAGCUGGAAGAAUGCAACACAGUGACAAGCCAAAGCAGGAGGGACACAUCUGGGGCUCCAUGAGGAGGACAGCUUUCAUCUUGGGCUCUGGCCUUCUCUUGCUCGUGGCCUUCUGGAACUCAGUCACAUGGCAUCUUCAGAGAUUCUGGGGCGCUUCUGGCUAUUUUUGGCAAGCCCAGUGGGAGAGGCUGCUGUCGACAUUCGAAGGGAAGGAGUGGGCCCUCUACAUUAUAGGCGCCACCCAAGUGCCAGUUCUGCUCUUCUGGGCCUUCAAUGGGCUUCUGCUGGUGGUUGACACAACCGGAAAACCUAACUUCAUCUCCCGCUACCGAAUUCAGGUUGGCAAGAAUGAACCAGUGGACGCCGAGAAACUACGCCAGUCUGUCCGCACAGUUCUCUUCAACCAGUGCGUGAUCUCUCUGCCCAUGCUGGUCUUCCUCUAUCCCAUCCUCAAGCUGUGGGGAGACCCCUGCCGCCGAGAGCUACCCACCUUCCACUGGUUCCUCCUGGAGCUGGCUAUCUUCACUCUGAUUGAGGAAGUCCUGUUCUACUACUCGCACCGGCUCCUUCACCACCCAGCAUUCUACAAGAAAAUCCACAAGAAACACCAUGAGUGGACAGCUCCCAUUGGCGUGAUCUCGCUCUACGCCCACCCUAUCGAGCAUGUGGUCUCCAACAUGCUGCCGGUGAUGGUGGGUCCCUUAAUAAUGGGCUCCCACUUGUCCUCCAUCACCACGUGGUUCUCCUUGGCCCUCAUCACCACCACCAUUUCCCACUGUGGCUACCACCUACCUUUCCUGCCUUCACCUGAAUUCCAUGACUACCAUCAUCUCAAGUUCAACCAGUGCUAUGGGGUGCUGGGGGUGCUGGACCACCUCCAUGGGACCGACACAGUGUUCAAGCAGACUAAGGCCUACGAGAGACACAUCCUCCUGCUGGGCUUUACCCCACUGUCUGAGAGCAUCCCGGAUGCCCUGAAAAAGAUGGAGUGAGAGAGGGCCCCAGGGCCAUCCUGGCUUUCCCCCUCAGUAGACUGCUUCGAUGGCCUGAGGCAUUCUGACUGCACCAAACUUGCUCCUCCAGCCAUUCACUAAUGACAGCACCACUGGGGCAGGGGGUUAAAUCAGCUUCCCAGAAAAGCAGGCCAAGGAUGGGGUCAGGGCUCCCCCAGCUGCCCCUGUUGUCCCUCAGAAGGAACAAGAAGUUGGCUUAAGGAAGGGGGUAAAACAGCUCCCCAGAAUGGAGGCCAGUGAGAAGAAACCACUUUUAAGAGCGGUCCUGGUGAGUCCCCCUGGUCGUUUGCUGUGGAAGGGAAAAGAUGACCCCAGAUGACCUUUUUAUGACCUAGACAAGAUAAAGAGAAUGUAAA